GAAUACCCCCGCCAGUGUAGGUAUCCUUUCCGCCUACUUUCAAUGACUAAAACGGAAGCUCGAAGUGAUAAGGGAAUGUUCAAACUGUGUGGCUCCCUGAUUACAGCCUCUCCCGAUUUUAACACGCAAUCUAGUAAUUUUGGCAGUUUAUGAACAUAAGCGAAUUGUGUUAGAUUCAAAAAUGUUCGAUUUAAGCAGAACCAAUGGAUUGCCCACAAUGUUCGGGGAUAAUAGAUCCCCUGUUACUGUCGAUCUCGACGAAGUGGCGAUUUUAUUUGCAUUCGUGGUUCUAGCAGUGACUAGUUUAAUCGUUACCCUUGGAUACAGCCGGAAGAAGAGCCUCUGCUCAUUUCUCAAGGUUGGACUUAGCAUUCUAAUUGGCCUUUCAUUAAUGUUAUCGAAUUAUGGGCAAGAGUGGGAGGUGAGUCACAUUCAGACGAAGACCCCUUAUAGAGCAGGUGAAAAAACCGAAAUUGAUGCCACGAUAGGAAUUAAAAUUGGCUUGCGUUCGAUAAACGUGACAUUGAGAGCUGAUCCUGAACCAAAUACUCCACUCGCUGGAGAGACUAUCAACUACAACGAGAGAUUCCCGUGGACCUGGGACCAAGGACGAUUCGGAUUUGGACCUAAUUCUGGACAUUUACAGAGGACCUUCAGGGAAGCUCAGAGGAGAGGUACUCCAAUCCCUAUCAUCUGGAUUGUGGACUACCUCAUCAUCGAUGGAGAAAAUAUAAGAUUCGGGAGGUUCUAUAGAACUGCCGGGUGGUACUGCCAUAUCUUACUCUGGGCAGCGUUCACGGUCUGGAUCCUCGCAAAUAUUUUUCUACACUUAGUUGGGAGGUACGCAGCAUAUUUCACCGCUUUAGUAGGUAUCCUAGAGUUAACCAGCUGUAUAACAUGGAUGUCAGUAAGAAAUCCCAUUCCCCUGGUUAUUCCAUUCGAAGGGGGAGCGUUGGUAACGUCUUAUGGAUCAUCUUUUUGGCUGACAGUUUUCGGAGGUUUAUUGUGCCUGAUAAUCGCAGCAAUUCUGAUAGUUAUGGACCUCAGGUGUCCCAACACUCUUGCAAAUUUUCUAGGGAUAAACAUUCUGGAUCAGUACGAUGAAUACGUUGUUCGAGCAAAUGAGUUGGAUUACAUGAGAGAUAGAAAUAAUAAAGAUGGAUCGAUGGAACUAGGCAGAAUGUCUAAAAAUUUUCCUGAUAAAGACGACGGAGUGGUACUGCUGAAACGUCGAUCAACAGCUAAAAGGGCACAGAAGGACCUCCUCCGUGUGGGUUACGUUCCUGUGAAGAUACCUCACUAUGACGACGUUUAUUACAACAAUGUAAUGGAUCCGGGGCACUCCAAUAAUUUAAUGGAAACUGAGAGGAAGCCAUUGCUGCUUCCUCGUCGAAAGAACCAGGAGUAAAUCGACGAAACCAUCCAGGAAAAGAGGGAUCAAUUCUACUAUUUAAUCAAAUUAUUGCGAAUUGCACUGCGUGAGAGUUUCACAUCAUUUUUUCAUCCUGUAUUUUUGAAUAAAUAUGAAGAGAGAACUGA